UUCAUUCUGUUUGCGUGGUGCCACACGACACUCAACUUGUGGAUAGUGUUUCAGGCCGCUGAUUGCUGCAGGGUGCGACUCUACAACUUGUCGACAACGGUACGCCAACAAACUUUCUUCUGUGUUCUUUUGAUGUGAACAUCACCACUCUGGAUACACUCGCUGCUGGUCUAUAGUGUAACAGGACUUUCCACAAUGACCAAAGCUUCAGACAGCUCAGCGGCCGGACCAGAUGUCUAUGCAGAAUUUAUUACUGCUGGGAAGAAACUGGCGUCACCACCUCCUGGUGAGGAGCUGGUCAUUAGUGGUAUAUCCGGACAUUUUCCAAAAAGUGUUGGACUCUAUGAGCUCCAGGAUAAUCUUAAGAACUUACCUGAUCUGAUGAGUGAUUAUGGACAUGACUGGCAAGGAGAUGCAUCUAACAUGCCACCUCGCUUGGGAAAAGUACCACAUCCAGAGAAAUUUGAUGCUUCAUUUUUUGGAGCGGAUGCUAUCACAGCUGACAAUGCAGACCCCUUAUUGCGUAUGCAGUUGGAAACUUGCUAUGAGGCCAUUGUGGAUGCAGGAAUCCAUCCACACUCCUUACGAGGUAAACGUGUGGCUGUUAUUACAGCUGGCAUAUUUAGUGAGUCAGAGGUGGCCAUUUUUACAAACGAGAAUGUAGGUAAAGGACUGAUGUACUGCAAUCGUGCAUUGCAGGCUGGAAUGAUUGCCUACUGGCUAGGAGUAAAUGGACCUGCAUAUAUAGCUGAUACAGCAUGCUCUUCAAGUAUGUUUGCCCUGGAUGCUGCCUAUCAAUUUAUACGCACUGGCAAAUGUGAUGCUGCCCUUGUGUCAGGAGCCAAUUUUUGCCUCCAUGAUUUUAGCACAGCACAAUUUGCAAAUCUUGGUGUUCUUAGUAUGGAUGGCGUCUGCAGAAGUUUUGACGAUGGAUGUAAUGGUUAUGUGCGUUCUGAAGCUGUUGGAUCAAUUCUAAUCCAAAAAGCAAAAGAUGCUCGCCGUAUGUAUGGCCAGCUAAUACACGUCCAAACCAACUGUGAUGGAUACAAAACAGAAGGCAUCACUUAUCCUUCAGGUCUCAUGCAGAAAUUACUCCUAAGCCGCUUCUACGAGGAGUGUGGUGUUGAUGUACAAAAUAUUAAAUAUGUUGAAGCUCAUGGAACUGGAACAAAGGCAGGUGAUCCAGAAGAAAUACGAGCAAUAGACAAUGUAUUUUGUUCUGAAAAGACAAGUGACUGCCCACUACUAAUAGGAUCUGUGAAGUCAAAUCUUGGACAUUCAGAACCAGUUUCUGGAUUUGUUUCCAUUGCCAAGGUUAUCCUCAGUAUGGAAUCAGGAAUAAUACCAGCAAAUGCACAUUAUAAAAAACCACGUGCAGGGGUAGCAGCACUGGAAGAAGGUAGAGUAAAGGUUGUAGCAGAACACACACCAUUUCCUGGAGGUCCCGUUGCAAUAAAUUCUUUUGGUUUUGGUGGCUGCAACUCUCACACACUUAUUGCACCAAAUCCUAAAGCAAAAGUGAAUAAUGGUACUCCUAAAGAUGGAUUACCUAGACUAGUUACUGUGUCAGGCAGGACACCUGAAGCUGUGCAUGCAAUUCUCAACCAGGUUGAGUCAAUGAGAAUAGCGGAUGCAGAGUUUGUGAGCCUAUUGCAUGAGUUACAUGUUGCACACAUACCCGGCCAUUUGUAUCGUGGAUAUACCAUUGUACCUGCAGUUUUAGGAAACUGUGGUAGGACAGUAGAGCUGAGCCCUCUGGAGAAGAAAUUUUCAGUACAUGUACUUCUGUCACUGGGAGAAAACAAGUGCCACCCAGCCACAGUUGGUUCUCUAAUGCAAUUCGAUAUAUUUUCUGCUACAAUGAAUGAAUGUUUUAAAGCAUUAAUUCUUGAAGGAGUUGACUUGUUAUUUGCUAUAUUUUCAACUGACGGAGAUGAGUGGGCUCUUCGGAACAGCAUCACUACCUCUGUGCAGAUUGCCCUGCUCAAUCUUUUGAAAACCAUUGGUGUGAAGGUAGAUGUAUUCAUUGGUUCAUGCCCUGCAAAGACUUAUGCUGAAGGAGGCUACACAAUUGAAGAAGCUGUACGUGCUGCCUAUGAAUUGGAUAUUGAAGAGCGCCAUGCCAGGUGUGCUUUAAAUGAUGGGUCUGGACCAAGACAAGCUCGGACUAUGACUGCACUUUAUGACUCAGAUGUGGAUAUAGAUGCAAUUAAAAGCAACUAUGAAAACUUCAGACCUCAAACAAAAGAUAUAAUUGUCCUUGAAAUAUCACCAGAGAGCAAGCUCCCGAAUUCUCUCAAUAUCCUUACUAACAGCCGAACCUUACUGCAGAUUCUUGGCAGAUUGUACCUCUCUCAUGUGGACUUGCAUCUAACUGAACUGUAUCCCAAAGUUCAGUAUCCAGUAAGUCGAGGAACAUCCAUGAUAUCUCCAUUCAUCAAAUGGGAACAUUCAGAAGAUUGGUAUGUGGCAUCUGGAAACAACACUUCUGAUAUGUUAGGGGAGCACAGUUUUUCAACUUAUGUGAAGAUGCUGCAAAAAAAGAAUCAUUAUUUAUUUGGACAUUCCAUCGAUGGACGGAACUUGUUCCCAGCUACAGGAUACAUUAUAAUGGUUCUUCAGGGAUACUGUAGGCGUAAGAAUAUUGACAUGUCAAGAAAUGCAGUUGUUUUUGAAGAUGUGCGAUUCCAUAGAGCUACAAAUGUACCCAAAAAUGCGGCACUUGUGUUCCAAGUAAUGACUAGUUCUGGAACUAAUGAAUUUGAAAUUAUGGAGGGAGGAAGUGUCAUUGUGACUGGUCGCUUUUGGUUGGGUGGUGCUCCUAUGUUAAGUGAUGGGCUGGAGCCCCCAAAACCAGCUCCUGGUGUUCCCAUGAAUAAAAAGGAUAUAUAUAAGGAGAUGAGACUCAGGGGCUACAAUUACAAUGGAAUUUUCCGGAGUCUGAUUAGUCUGGAUCCUUCAGCUUCUGUUGGUCGCAUUGCGUGGGAGAAGAACUGGGUUGCAUAUAUGGACAACAUGCUGCAAAUAAACAUCUUCCAGCAGGACACUCGCAACCUGUAUGUCCCAGUACAAAUAAAGAGAAUUGUGGCUGACUUCACGAAGCAUACAGAACUUGCUGCCAAUUGUGAUGAAGAUGGAGCUUUACCUAUUUACUGCUGGAGAGAGCUAAGGUUAGUAAGAUCAGGUGGCUUAGAAAUAUUUGGUCUGUUUGCCAGUCCAGUCCCAAAGCGCCGUAUAACAACAGAACCUGUACUCGAAUAUCAUGGAUUUGUUCCUUACCAAGGGCAGAGCAACCUGAGUCUCAAAGAACUUCUGCGGGUCAGUGUCCAUGUGGCCUUGGAGAACAAUCCAGCGGUGAUGAAGGUGAAGGCUGUUGAACUGCCUGAGGAUAACUGCAAUGAAUUUUUGUCAACUGAAAUUGGAAAUAUUCUUGCAGAUCUUCCUGUCAUACAGGCCAAUCUGACAGUUCUUGAUGAACCCCCAUCAGAUCCACCAGAAGGUGUACAGUUUGAAAAACGUAGCCUCAAAGAGGAAAAUGAUUGCUUGAUGGUCCUGGGCACAGGUUUAAUAUUUGGAAGAAAUUCCCAACAUCUGAAAGAUGCUCUUGCUGCACUUGCUGACAAUGGCUUCAUUAUCUCCAAAGAAACAUUAAAUGGUGAUUUGAGAGAUCUAGAGCAAUCUAUAACUGUUGUAAUGAAUUAUGCAAUACCUGGUGGAAAUGAUCAUCUGAUCGUAGUGAAAAAGAAGGGCAAUCCACGAACAGAUGUUCAAUUUGUGAAUGUAAGUGGAAAUGACUGCACUUGGGUGCCACAACUUAAGUCCUUAAUGCAGAAAGGCAAACACCAAGUUGUUUUGGUUGCACAAGGCAAUAAUAAUAGUGGUAUUCUGGGCCUGACAAACUGCACACGUAUGGAACCUGGAGGCACUCGCGUCAGAUGUGUAUUUAUCAAGGAUCAUAAAGCCCCAGCAUUUGAUCCAAACCUUGAGUUUUAUCAAAGUCAGCUUGCACUGGAUCUAGCAGUGAAUGUGUAUGAGAAAGGCUGUUGGGGCAGUUACCGACAUCUUCCCUUGAAGCCUCCAAAAACUGUGAAGACACCUCAUGCAGUAAAUGUAGUGAAGACUGUUGGAGAUUUAUCCAGUCUUGCAUGGCAGCAAGGAACCUUAAAUCCAGAUAGGGAUAUUAAUACUGAUGAGAUUGUUUUCAUUUAUUAUUCUGCUCUCAACUUCCGUGACAUAAUGACAGCAACAGGUAGACUAGCAUUUGAUGUGGUGAAUCCUGACAGAUGUACACAGGACUGUAUUCAAGGUAUUGAAUUUUCUGGAAGAGACAAAAAUGGUAGACGUGUUAUGGGUAUAGCAACAGGGGGAGGAGCCAUGUCAACAAUGAUAAAAACAAACCCAAAUUUUAUUUGGCAAAUACCAGACAACUGGACAAUGGCAGAUGGUGCUACAGUUCCUGCAGUUUAUUUGACAAUUCUGAUGGCCUUUAAAAAAGGUGGACUUCGUAAAGGUGACUCCGUACUGAUCCAUGCAGGUAGCGGUGGUAUUGGACAAGCUGCCAUCACCUACUGCCUGUUUCAUGGCUGCACUGUUUUCACCACUGUUGGAACACCACAAAAGAAAGAAUUUAUUCUCAAAAACUUCCCACAGGUGCCUGAAUCUCAUAUUGGCAACUCUCGAGACACAUCUUUUGAGGAAAUGGUGAUGAAGGAAACUAAGGGUCGUGGAGUUGAUAUUGUUCUGAACUCCCUUGCAGACGAAAAACUCCAGGCAUCAGUCCGAUGUCUGGCAAGGGGAGGACAGUUUCUUGAGAUAGGAAAAUUUGAUUUGGCGAAUGAUAGCAAACUAGCUAUGGACUUUUUAUCCCGUGAUAUCAGUUUCCAUGGUGUAAUGUUGGAUGCAUUGUCUGAAAAUAUGGUCGAUGAUCUUAUAGCUCUUGGUAAAGAUUUUCAAAAUGCUAUUACUGAAGGCUCUGUGAAACCACUCAUUAAAACUAUUUUUAAGGUGGAUGAAGUUGAGCAAGCAUAUAGGUAUAUGGCAGCUGCAAAGCACAUGGGUAAGGUGUUGGUGGCUGUGCGGGAGGAAGAACAAGAAAAAGUGGUUCGUCCUGCAAUUCUUGAGAUAGAUGCUGAACCACGUUUUUAUUGCAAGCCUGAAUUCACGUACAUCAUUGUUGGAGGUCUUGGUGGUUUUGGAUUGGAGCUAGCUGAUUGGCUAAUCCUGAAGAGAGCCAAAAAGCUUGUACUUACAUCAAGGAAAGGCAUCAGCAAUGGAUACCAAGAGUCAAGACUCAGAUUAUGGCUGAGUUAUGGUGUCAAGGUAAUUGUAUCCACAGAAGAUGUUACAACACAAGAAGGAUGUUACAAACUUUUGACGGAAUCAAACAAAUUAGGUCCAGUUGGAGGCAUUUUCAACCUGGCAGUGGACCUCCAAGAUGGUAUACUGGAGAACCAAACAGUUGAAAGCUUCCAGAAAUCAGCUGGGCCAAAAGCAGUCGCCACCGGUCUAUUGGAUGUAUUCUCACAAAAGCUGUGUCCACAGCUGCAUACGUUUGUUGUUUUUUCAAGUGUAUCCUGUGGUAGAGGCAAUGCAGGACAGUCAAAUUAUGGUUGGAGUAAUUCAGUGAUGGAACGCAUUUGUGAAGAACGUCACUCUAAAGGAUUACCUGCUCUCGCCAUCCAGUGGGGGGCUGUUGGUGAUGUGGGCAUUGUUGCAAACAUGCAAGAAGAUGACAAGGAAAUUAUUAUAGGAGGUACACUGCCCCAGAAAAUUACAUCCUGCUUAUCACUGCUGGAUACAUUCUUUCUCCAGCCAUGUCCUAUUGUGGCCAGUAUGGUUGUAGCUGAGAAACGUGGAGGACUAUCUCAGUCAUCUGGUAUACUUGAAUAUGUUGCUAAUGUGUUGGGAAUCAAGGAUUUGAAAACUGUAAAUCACAACGCACCACUGGCAGAGUUGGGAAUGGAUUCCAUCAUGGCUGUAGAGAUCAAGCAAGCUGUGGAAAUCACAUUUGAAAUAUUCUUGACUGCAGAAGAAGUCCGAAAUUUAACCCUUUCAUCAAUUGUCGAAAUGGCCAAAAAUUCAGCAGCUAAACCAGAAGUAACAAUUCCUUUAGGAGAUCAAGCAAUAUCUUCUGACAUCAAAGUAUCAGCUGCUCUCAUGAAACUGGAAUCAAUGAAGACAUGUAAACCACUUAAACACCCGUGCCUGCCAGGAAGCCACAAUGUAUAUGUAUUCCCAGGAAUUGAGGGAGAUCCAGAAACUAUGCCUAUUCUCUCAUCAAAGAUUUGUGCAGCUUCCCUGAAAUGUUUUCAGCAUGGAUUCUAUGAGGAAAAUGAAUACAGGAGUAUACAUGAGAUCGCGGAGAUUGCUCUGCCAUAUAUACUAGACGAUUUGUCAAGAGUGCCAACAUUUGCAAUUGUUGGUUUUUCAUUUGGUGGCCUAAUAGCGCUAGAACUAACAGCACUACUGGAAUCAAAAGGGUACAAAGGUACCUUGGUUUUGAUUGACAGCAGUCCCGACUUCAUAAAAACAACUAUAUUGCAAAUGGGAAAAGACUAUUUUCUCUCAUGUCUUACGGGUUUUCUGCCUGAAACUUCAACAGCUAAAUUACAGACUCAGGCUGCUGGCUUGGAAAAAUCGGAACAGGUGGAGAUUGCUAUGAAACUGUUUCCAGAUAGUGAAAUUCAGAACAGUCGUCAAGCACGUGCAUUUUGCUCAACAAUUGCCAGUCGUUUGUCAGAAGUUGUCAAUGGAAGUGAUCCAUACAAAACUAUUCAGUCUCCAGUAACCCUAAUUAAGUCAACAGGAGGUGCCAUCUCUGAUAUUGGUGAAGCAUAUGGCCUGGAAAAGAUGUGCAAAAAUAUUGUUGGAAUCCACACUAUUACUGGAACACAUUUCUCUAUUGUAGCAGAGGCUGAAACUGCAAAUAUAAUCAACAAUGAGCUAGAGAAGUUAAAUAAACAGUGAUACUAAUACAGUCAUCAGUUUAUUUUGUAUGUGUACAAUCAUUUGACAGCUUCAACAAUUGCAGUCAUAAUGAUGUUAAUGAGAUAUGUAUUUGCUUUGAGUAAAGGCAUGUUACCAAGAACUGGUGUGCCUUCAUUAUUAUUUAUAUUAGUCAGAUUGUACCUUGCCUAAUGCACACCAGAAAACUAAAAGACUGUUUUAGAUCAGUCACCCAUUAUCACAUAUCAUGAUCAUGUCAAAACAACUUUUUGAUUAGCCAUUUCUCUAUAAAGGGAUGGCUCUUAAAUUAUAGAAUAUUAAAUCACUAUUGUAUAUUGUAAACUCAUGCCAUUAAUUUAAAAUACAAUUCUGAAACAGUAAUAA